CUUUACGCUUUGCGCUUUGCGGCCCAAGCACACAAUGAGAUCAUUGGAAAGGGCUAAAGACCAUUAUACCUUUAGCUUCUGUAAAGAAAGGAAUAUAAUCCCGGGGGAGCGACUGCCCUUGGCGUUCUCUCUCUCAUCUGCACAUCCUCCCUUUUCCUUUCAACAGACAUUCUCAUUUAGCAUCAAGUCGGCACACGACCAUCAGAGCCAGCACCAGAGCCAUCACCAGCAGCCACCCAGCCAUGCUAGGCCGGCGCCGAGCAUCAGCCACAAGAACAGCGCAAAGGAACUCAAAAAUAUCCGUGACCCACGGCUACUCCAGCAAGCCGAGGUCGACAAGCGGCUCAAAUCGCUGCGGCGCCGCGCAAGCUGGCUGGAUUCAAAAUUCUCGUGCUGCUGCGGGCUGUUCCGGUUCGGCAUGGAGUCGGUAAUCGGGCUUAUUCCAGUAAUUGGCGACUUUGUAGGAAUUUUCCUUGCGCUGUCGUUUAUGAACACCAUCCGGCGACGGUUCAACGUACCGGCGUCGCUUCUGGUCGAGAAGUACGUCACAGAGCAGCGGGCGGCAGCGGCAGCGGACGCGCACAACUUGGAGCUUGGAUUGGGGCUGGACCUGGGCUCAGGGACGGCAGCCCACAGCGGCGGAUUCAGGGCGCGCAUCGGCGAGUUCAUCCCGCCGGUCGCCACCGCAGGAAUCAACGCUCGGCGCGGCGGCCAUUAGCCGCUGUGUCACCGACGAUGAUGACGACGAUGACCACAAUCUAUGCUUUAAUCGACAAUCAAGCGGAUUUAUCAAUUGUGGCAACACACAAAACCUUGGUUCCGGCCUAUAAGCUUUUUUCUUUUCUACUUUCAUUUU